AUGGGUACAGUUUGGCCGGACGUGCGUCUCAGUGACAGCGGCGACGAAGCACCCACCUCGCCACAGAGGAGUCACUUGAUCGGUGGCCACGAUUCAAAAUCCUACUUGGCAAUAUGCUCCGAGAGCGCCGUCAACUGGCUCAAGGCACGAGUCAGCUCAGCGGAUGAACAGUCUGUGACAGACAUUGUCACGCGGCUCUCGAGGCAUGCUGACUACAAGUCAACGUUCAUGUGCCCGCCAAAACUCAAGCAAUUCCCAGAACCUGAUAUGCAGAUGGCCUGGAAGUAUUGUCAAGAAUACUUCGAUAACCGGGUUGAAACGCUCUUUGGUGCCAUCGACCGGCGGCAGUUCGAGGCCCGACUUCGAGCACAUCUUCAGGAUGGCGAUAACUCAGACAGUGACCCCAGCUGGUAUGCUCUCCGGAAUACCAUCUACGCCACGGGCACUCGGCUCCUGUUGACGAGAACCGGGUGCGAUGCGAAAACGAUACACGAAAGCGCGAUGCAGUAUUUCCUCAACGCGCUCUCGGUUCACACUCAAGUACUCUUCGCGCGGCAGGUGGACCUGACGGGUGUCCAAGCACUAACAAUCAUGAGCUUCUUCGCCGAAAACCUCCUAGGCUCCAGUAUUGAAUCCAUGCUCUGCUCGAAUGCCAUUCGCGUAGCACAGGGCUUGCGACUGAAUUAUGAACCAGUGUCAAACGAAAGACUCAGCCCAAGCGAUCGCUUUGUGGGAAACCGGAUCUGGUGGGCUCUCUACUGUUAUGACAAGCACAUCUCACUGCGCGAUGGUCGGCAAUCGUGCAUCGAUGACGACGACAUCUCUUGCGCCCUACCAGAACGCCAAGCAUCUGAAAAUCCCAAUAAAUUCGAAAUAUUCAUGCAGAUGAUCAAAAGUGCCCAGAUUCAAUCAUUGAUUUACAAGAAACUCUUCUCCGCUGCCGGAAGGCGACAGAAUACUAUCCAGGAGAGGGCAGCAGUUGAACAAUUAGACCAGGCACUCUCGGAAUGGCGAGAUUCGCUUCCACUACAUCUGCGACCUGGUGCGCCCAUCAAAAAAUCUUCACUCCCAGCCGGCGUACACAUUGACCCGGUGGUUUACAUGCACUACACAUAUUACGGCACCGUCAUAGCGAUGUACAACAAAUUCCCGUGGACCGCGAGGGGAAGCAGUCUGGACAACGCGGCAUUUGGGAGAGAAAAGGCCGUAUCAGCGGCCAGAAGCGUCGUUCUGGCCACAAGAUAUAUCGAUACCGACAUGAACACGACAGGAUGUUUGUUGUUCUCCUACCCCAUGACAGCCUUGAUUGUCCUCUUUGUCCACAUCCUCCAGAACCCGUUGGCGCCAUCUGCCCACUCAGACGUGGUGCUGAUGGAUAUGGCCACCGGACAUUUUGCACAGCUGGAAUUCGCGACUUCGAUGCAACUGGAGGUUCAAUUUGUGCGGGACAUGGCGCACAUCGCGCGGAGGGCUGUCGAACAAAUCCGACGCGAUGCCUGGAUUGAUGUGACGCCCUUUGAGGCGCCAGAACCGGCCAUUUUCUCCCCUACCAUGACGGGCCCAAACUUGAAUUUCAUGGAUUUUUUGACCGACGAUGUCUAUGCAGUAUAA